AUGCCACCCUCCAGGCAUGGCCACCCUCCAGGCAUGGCCACCCUCCAGGCUUGGCCACAUGCCAGCCUCCAGGCAUGGCCACAUUAUGCUACUCUCCAGCAUGGCCACAUUAUGCUACCCUCCAGCAUGGCCACAUUAUGCCACCCUCCAGCAUGGCCACAUUAUGCCACCCUCCAGCAUUACCACAUUAUGCCACCCUCCAGCAUUACCACAUUAUGCCACCCUCCAGCAUGGCCACAUUAUGCCACCCUCAAGUCAUGGCCACAUGCCACCCCCCAGGGAUGGCCACAAUAUGCCACCCUCCAGCAUGGCCAAUAUUAUGCCACCCUCCAGCAUGGCCACAUUAUGCCACCCUCCAGCAUGGCCACAUUAUGCCACCCUCCAGCAUGGCCACAUUAUGCCACCCUCCAGCAUGGCCACAUUAUGCCACCCUCCAGGCAUGGCCAUAUUAUGCCACCCUCCAGCAUGGCCACAUUAUGCCACCCUCCAGCAUUACCACAUUAUGCCACCCUCCAGCAUGGCCACAUUAUGCCACCCUCAAGUCAUGGCCACAUUAUGCCACCCUCGAGCAUGGCCACAUUAUCCCACCCUCCAGCAUGGCCACAUUAUCCCACCCUCCAGCAUGGCCACAUUAUGCCACCCUCCAGCAUGGCCACAUUAUGCCACCCUCCAGCAUGGCCACAUUAUCCCACCCUCCAGCAUGGCCACAUUAUGCCACCCUCCAGCAUGGCCACAUUAUGCCACCCUCCAGCAUGGCCACAUUAUGCCACCCUCCAGCAUGGCCACAUUAUGCCACCCUCCAGCAUGGCCACAUUAUGCCACCCUCCAGCAUGGCCACAUUAUGCCACCCUAAAGCAUGGCCACAUUAUGCCACCCUCCAGUCAUGGCCACAUUAUGCCACCCUCCAGCAUGGCCACAUUAUCCCACCCUCCAGCAUGGCCACAUUAUGCCACCCUCCAGCAUGGCCACAUUAUCCCACCCUCCAGCAUGGCCACAUUAUGCCACCCUCCAGCAUGGCCACAUUAUGCCACCCUCCAGCAUGGCCACAUUAUGCCACCCUCCAGCAUGGCCACAUUAUGCCACCCUCCAGCAUGGCCACAUUAUGCCACCCUCCAGCAUGGCCACAUUAUCCCACCCUCCAGCAUGGCCACAUUAUGCCACCCUCCAGCAUGGCCACAUUAUGCCACCCUCCAGCAUGGCCACAUUAUCCCACCCUCCAGCAUGGCCACAGUGCCAUAA